AUGAUGGCGAAAAAAAUAGGAAGUAAUCAUUAUUUAGCAUCACCGACUCCAACAUCUCAACCUGGAUAUGUUCCACAUCGUGGAGGAUAUUGGACAGAUGGAGAAGAAAGUCAAAGAGCACCCUCCGAAAGGACAAGCGAAUAUUAUAUGGUUGCUAAUGAAAAAGCUAAAUUAGGAUCAUCGACAAAAGAUAGAAAAUCAAGAUCAUCGCAAAAAAAAAAAUUAGAUGAUCCACCACCGCAUGCAUCAAGUCCAAGCCUUCGAGCUCCCUCACAAAUGAGUUAUGAUAAAAGAAGUGCUAGCGGACGAGUACCUUCUUCGGCAGCAAGCGUGAGAAGUGAUAAAAAAGAUAGAAAAAAUGGUCAUUUAUCGGUACCAAUUCACGGUAGUAAUGGUCAUUUGCGUGUACCUUCACAAUCAUACGAAGAUAGCGGUUCUGAAGUUUACGUGACGAGUGGAGCUUAUAGAGCUCCAUCGGAAAUAAGUCAUUAUUCAUAUCGUAGUGCUGCUCCACCAUCAGAAAUGUCAACAGUAAAGACAAAAACGUCACGUAAAGGUGGAGUAGUAGUGGAAACAAUGUCAGCUCCAAAUCCUUUUUGUCCAAAUACAAAAGGUCUUUGUUGUUUGUUGCUCCUAAUAAAUCUCGGUCUUAUAUUAAUUACUUUAGGUUUUGUCAUCGUCAUGCAAUUUUUCGAACCUUUGUAUAUAUGGAUUUUAGGGAUUGUAUUUUUGGUUUUUGGUUUUAUCGCACUCAAUGUGAGUUUGAUUUAUUGCGUAUCCAUUUGUAAAGAUAUGAAAUCACCUAAAGAAGUUGCCAUGCAAGAUAAUUAUUGGACUCAUCAUUGGCAAAAAAAUUUUAGUUUACCUGAAAUACAUUAUAAGAGUCAAGAAAAAUUCCCUGAAUCUGAUAGAGGAAGUGACAGAUAUUCAAUCAGUAAAUAUUCAUCUAAAUAUUCAGAAAAAAAUCAUCAACAUCAUAGAUAUUGA